CACUGCAGUUUUUACUGCUCCUUCACGAGGUGCCCCUGUACCAUACCAAAAGUGUCGGAUCUAGACUUGCCAGUCGAUAAACAGGCCUCCCGCCCGGCUGUCGUCGCGUGGCUUAGGGCUUGCACGGGAGAAAACGUGGCCGGGGACGACUGAUAUAGUCGAAACCGUUAUACCAUGCAUGCCUAUUGUUUGUGGACCUGUUCCACGGGCAGGGCAUGCGGGGGAUCUUGGCUUAAUUGCCUGGGUCAAGAGGAGACAACCUCAUUAAAAACCCCAAAGUGAAUGUGGAACAGCUUAUGCAGAGCACUUUAGGCUGUCAUCUGACGGUCUAGUCAUCCGGGAAGUGAUGGCUGCUAAUAAGCGGACUCUGGAGACCUGCCGCCCUUCAGUUUCAAUAGGCUUAUCGGGGUAUGGGAGCACUGCCUCGAUGGACUACCCUUUCUGCCCUACUCGUGGGAUUAGUAUGGAGACGCCCAGUAUUAGUAAAACCCUAGACGAGGGGGGGAUAAACCUCGAUCCUGAAAAGGAAACCAAAAAGAUGGAGGAUAGUCCUCCAUCACAAUCUACACUUGUGGUAGCCGGACCGUCCGCACCCAAGUCAAGUUCUCCCUCUCUGGAAGAGGAGCAGGUUCUUCUGCACUCUGAAGGGGAGGAAGAUGAGGAGGAGGCUGUUAAGGCACUAGACAGUCUCACCCUUAAACAAAAACGCCUGCGGCUGCCAGGGUCCGCUAGAAGGAACCUGCGCAAGCUUAUGGGGAGCGGGGUGCCUUAUGAGACCGCCCUCAAGCAGGUGAUUGAAAAGAUCAACACUCCAUCGGAAAAGAGCGCAGAGACCUCUAAGCCUUUGGCCAAGAGGGCGCGCUCUGAUGGGUCGACGCCCGAGCAAGUGGCUAAGAAGCCCAAGCCGGCUGAGAUCGUGCCGACGGAAACCAAAGCUGCUUCAGAGAAGCAGCUGACUUACAAAGCUGCUGUGAGCGGUAUCAGGGUUGGAUUAAUCCACCCAGACUAUCCCGCCCAGCAGUUCAAUGUAGAACAAGUGGGGUUGCUACGGAGGGAGGUUAUUUCAGCCGUAGACAACAUCCAAAAAGGGGGUGUGCGAACACAAGUCCGGUUCGAGGGCUGUGCGACGCGUCCAGGCUGGCUUUUAGUCACCUGCGCGGAUGCCUGCUCGAAGGACUGGCUUGUGAAUACAGCCAAUAGCCUUCAUCCAUGGGAGGGUGCCCAGAUUAAGGCGGUCGAGGGGAAAGAUAUUCCCAGGCCGCACGUCUGUGUAGCAUAUAUCCCAGACGAUGAAGCUAAUGUUCCUCUCACCAAAGAGACGGUGUUAACCCGAUUGGAGGUGAUGAACAACUCACUCCAAACAUCCGAGUGGACGGUUCUGAACACCACCAGAUCCGGACCGGGGCAGACGUGGACCUUCGCGGUUGACGAAGUGUCUUGCAACGCCCUGGAAGAACUGUGCUGGCGGCCGUACUUCGGAUAUGGAAGAAUUCAGUUCCGACUGAAAGGAAAGGGAGUGGAGAAUCCCGCACCUACUACCGAGACGACGGAGGCUGUGACAGUCGCCCCGUCGACAUCAUCAGCUCCCGCGGCAACAAGCGCCAAGCGCGUGAAAAGAUCGCCAGGUGUGAAACCCGGCCGAGGUGGGAUAUCCGCACGUGCCGGGGUGUCCAGCAGGGGGCGUCGUGCAGGUGCUCGUUCUGCACCACGGGAGAGUGGAGAAAGAGGAAAGUCCUCGACUCCUGCCCGAGGCUCGAGAGGGCGCGCUGGAAUGAGAGGGGCCGGUGGGACGGCUGCUCCAUCCCAUGCGAGAGGUAAGUAGGGGAAACUGUACUCAGCUCAGUGGAUAAGUCUAUUAACUGUUUACAGGUAAACCUGCAGCACGCUAGGGCGGCUACGGCUGUCCUUAGCAGAACCUGGAUGAGUGAGCGAAUUGAUAUUGCCCUCAUUCAGGAACCAUGGCUCGCCAAUACCGGGCGCAUCAGCGGACUCGGUAAUUUAUCCGAGCAUAGCGACCGCGAUUGUGUGGCUGCGGUUCUGAGAAUCCGAGGUGAGAAGGGCUGGACAGAAAUUGUCAUCUGCUCGGCAUACUUCCCCGGAACGGAAAAUGACCUUCCCCCGGCCGCUGUGCGAGACAUAAUUGCCUACAGCCGGAGGAAUAACCUGCAAGUUGUUGUUGGAUGUGACGCCAAUGCCCACCACACAAUGUGGGCAAGCACCAACACAAAUGAAAGAGGUGAGUUACUUUUUGACUACCUAUUAGGGGAGGGGCUUACUGUUAAUAAUGUAGGCGCCAAACCAACCUUUGUUACCAGAAAUAGAGCAGAGGUACUUGACAUUACGUUCAGCUCAAUUAUAUUAAGCUCUAAGAUAACCUCCUGGAGGGUAUCCUCUGAACCGUCGUGUUCAGAUCAUAGACAUAUUCAAUUUAAAAUUGAUCUAGGGAUGAAAUCGGACUGUACGUACCGUAAUCCCCGUAGCACUAAUUGGGAUCUGUUUAAGAGUUGCCUUGCAGAUAACCUAACUAGUGUUAUCGCAACCGUUAGGAACUGUGAUCAGGUUGAAAUAGCCACGGAGCAGAUCUCUGUGGCAAUUCGCUCUGCAUAUCACAGUAGCAGUCCACUGAAGGUGAAAAGUAGUAAUCGGGGCACACCCUGGUGGAACGAAUCUCUUAGCUCCGAAAGACAAGAGGUCCGAAAGCUUUUCAACCGGGCCAAGA